CAGCGCGCCCGCCCCGCCGCCGCAGCAGACCGCGCCGCGAGGGGCCCCGGCCGCGCAGCGCCCGCGCAGCGCCGCGCGCCUCCGGCAUGAAUGAAGAAAACCAUUCCUAUGAAGAAUAAAAGUACUUGAUUCUGGAAAACCUCUCAAAGCACCUUUAACUUCAAAGCUGGAGAAAAGCAUGAAGGAACAGUCCAUCUGACUCUCUCGGCAUCUCACACAGAAUAAAAAAUGGCUCUUUGUAAAAACACUGUUGCGAGUGUCCUUGAGGAGUGGUGUUUGAAGGAACCACUCUUUGGUUGCAGACGGAACCAGAAUGUCAGGAAAAAACUGAGACUGAUACGAAUAAUAGGGCUUCUCGUGAGUAUAAUGGCCAUUAGUACUUUCUCUCUUUCAAUUAGUGCCUUUUUCAAGACUGAACCACGUAGCACAGAGCUGGCCAGCAGCCUCGAUAGCCCCAGGCUAAAGCAUGGGCACCAAAGAACUCUCUUGGAUUUCACAGAACAGAACGAAAACGGCACCCCAGAUUCACCUGUUUCUAUGAAUAACAAAGCUGAGCACGGCAACGCAACAGAAGAUAAUGCCAAGGGGGAGUACCCAGAGGACCUUUUCUCUCUGGAGGAAAGAAGAAAGGGAGCAGUAAUCCUCCAUGUCAUUGGGAUGAUUUACAUGUUCAUAGCCUUAGCCAUAGUCUGCGAUGAGUUCUUUGUUCCUUCCUUGACUGUCAUCACGGAAAAACUGGCCAUAUCUGAUGAUGUGGCUGGGGCAACCUUCAUGGCUGCUGGUGGCUCAGCCCCUGAGCUCUUCACUUCUUUAAUUGGAGUCUUCAUAUCCCACAGCAAUGUGGGCAUUGGGACAAUAGUGGGGUCUGCCGUGUUCAAUAUCCUGUUUGUUAUUGGAAUGUGUGCUUUAUUUUCUAGAGAGAUCUUGAACCUCACUUGGUGGCCGCUAUUCCGAGAUGUGUCCUUUUACAUCGUUGACUUGAUCUUGCUAAUCAUCUUUUUUCUGGAUAACUUAAUCAUGUGGUGGGAAAGCUUAGCACUCCUGACAGCGUAUUUUUGCUACGUGACUUUCAUGAAGUUCAAUGUGCAAGUAGAAGAAUGGGUGAAAAGAUUUUUAAACAGGAACAAGGUUGAGAAGGUAACAGCAGCAGACUCUGAAGGAAAGUCACCUAAUGCCGGAGACAAGGAUGACCAAACACUGACGACAAAGCCACGGCUCCAGCGGGGAGGAAGCUCUGCAUCCCUCCACAACAGCCUAAUGAGGAACAGCAUCUUUCAGCUCAUGAUUCACACACUUGACCCACUUGCUGAAGAGCUUGGAUCAUAUGGAAACCUAAAAUAUUAUGACACAAUGACUGAAGAAGGAAGGUUCAAGGAGAGGGCCUCAAUCCUUCAUAAGAUUGCCAAAAAGAAGUGCCAGGUGGAAGACAGUGAGAGGCGGAACGGAGCUGCUAAUCAUGAAAAAAGUGCAAAAGUGGAAGUUGCAGUAACACCACCAAGUGAUUCAGGACCAGUGCAGAAUGGAAUCGCCCAUAACGUCGAAGAAGAGAAUGAAGAAGGGGAUGAAGAUCAGCCUCUCAGCCUGGCCUGGCCUGACACCCUGCGCAAACAGCUCACCUACCUGAUCGUUUUGCCCAUUGUUUUUCCGCUGUGGGUUUCCCUCCCAGAUGUCAGGAAUCCUAGGUCAAGAAAAUUUUUUCCAAUCACAUUUUUUGGCUCAAUCAGUUGGAUUGGAUUUUUUUCUUACUUAAUGGUCUGGUGGGCACAUCAGGUUGGAGAAACCAUUGGUAUUAGUGAAGAAAUCAUGGGACUGACUAUUUUAGCUGCUGGCACAUCGAUUCCCGACCUAAUUACCAGUGUUAUCGUAGCCCGCAAAGGUCUGGGAGACAUGGCUGUAUCCAGCUCUGUUGGAAGCAACAUCUUUGACAUCACAGUGGGGAUGAUUUCAUGGCAAUCACGGUGUAUAAUUCCUGCAUUGAGAAGCAAAAAAACCCUGCCUGACCCUGGGAGCGGUGAGAGCGCUCUGGCGAGCUCCGGGAAGCGGAGAGCAGCAGCAGAGGCCACCACCCCACCGGGGGCAGGCAGAGGACAAACACAGCUGAUUCAGAGCGGUACGCGUUAGUCCAAGGCUGGCAUAAAACCUUGAAGGAAGAAUUUUGCGUAUACGCCUAACGGCUGAUAUACUGAAAUGACGUUUGUGCUGUGUUAAAACAGCCGGCUCAUUUCCUUCCGUGCGGAAGCCGGCUGUGUUUGACUGCCCCUAUCAACACAUUUGUCUUGGAAGGGCUUAAAACUAUAUUUUUGGUCCCAAGAAGGAGACACCUCGCAGCUCUCGCUGCCUUGCAUCUGCCAGGCAGACGGAGCCAUUCGGAUGAGUGAAUAACUGCACUGUCGGUGGCAGCGCAGCCCCAGAGGUGACAGGGAGGAUCUGCUCUCGUGUGGUGCUUUCUGCAGAGUAACCCAGUGUCUGUACAGCUGAUUAUAAUACUUACCUGGACAGCCUUCUAUGUAACUGCUGGAGCAAACUGUUUCAGGAUACUUGCAUAUUGCUGUGUUCUUUGAGUAUGACCCAAUAGGUCUCUGGGUAGAGGAAAGAGGGGAAUGCCACUGGGGAGGAAGCAUGACCCCUUAUCUCACAGGGAAGGAGUCUGAAAGUCCGAAACCGGAGAGCUGAGAGACAGCCGAGGGUUGCUGUAACACAGUGAUUAAAUGUCCAUAAACUGUCCAAGUUCAACUCUGCCAGAAACAUACAGCACUUGUUAGGAUACUGCUGCUUUGCAGUGAUAGCAGACUUACCAAGGGCCAAAUCCUGACACUUUUACAGUAGUCUCAUUUUGCUGUUAUCUCUCAGAAAUCAGUGACUGUGUUCCUGGUGUUUCUCCUUGUUCAUAAGUGGUUCAGUGUUGGAUCCGUGAACAUUUCUGAAUAUUAUACACCUAGAAAUCAAAGCUAAAUUUCUAUUUUCCCCCUUCAGGUAAAGUUCUGAAUGACUUCAAUAGGAAUAUGGUCCUGAAAACAACCUAAAUUCUGCAGUGAGCUAGUUAACGUGGAAGGCAAUGUAUAAUUAAUAUACAAAUCGGCUUUAAAAAUCAAAUUCCUUCUCUUGUUUAAUGUUUUCAGGAUAACCCCAGAUCUGCAACACAGUAAGUGAGAUGAGGGAUAAAACGUCAGGUUAAAUAGCCACCUCUCUCUAGCACCACCACACCUGACCAGAACCAAUACUGGAUGGCAUUUUUGGAAGGGAUUUCCAGUAGCACUUGAGUAGGAUCGUAGGUCAGAUCACAUAACCUGUUGUCAAUGUUCUCUGACAGAGAACACUGACUUCAUGGGAAUUAAAGGAGAGAACUGGCCCCAUGUUUGCAGAAUACCACUGAAGUCCAACAAGCAUUUGUUGUUUUAUGAAAAAACAUCUUCUGUAGAGGCCACUAUGGUGGAAUCUUUAGGGUAGAUGGUAUCAAAAUGUGAUGAAAAGUGUGAUGCAAGGAUGGUCCCUGGAAGGAUGACAUGGAAAAAAUCUUUUCAACAACAAAGUUCUGGGUAAUUUAAUUGCACCUUUUUACUGACAGCUAGUACUUUCUUGUAGUGCAGACAGGCUCUUAGUGCCUGUAUCCCUGUGCUUAUUUAUUCAGUUGAUCUUGCUGUCUACAUAAACCCCAGAAGCAUAAAGCACAGAAGGUGACACAGAAACUUUUCUAAAUGUCAUCUGAUGUUUAUAAGGGCAAUGAAUCUAUUAUGUAAUUUUCCACAUAUCUACUCUCUAGUAUUUUAUGGUCAUUAUCAUUCAUGGUACUGUUGUGUGUGAGUAAGUAAGAAAGUCCAUAAAAAGGUAGGUUAAACGUGAUUAAUCCAAGUACUGUAAAAAAGAUACUGAGAAAUAUUGUUAAAGUUUGGGCACUUUUCAAGGGAUUAUUCCUCUGGUUGUCAUUUAUAUCAAUACAAUAUUUCGAGAAAUAGGGGAUAUGUGAUUUCUUUCUGAUUCUCUUUUCAGCAGUAAUUCCUUAAAAUAGCAUCCUGCGGUCCAUACUACAUAUAUGCUGAAUCAAAUAUGAGCCUGUAUCAAAUGGAUUUAUUUAGUUUAUGACAAAGAAAUAAUACCUUUUCCAACCAGUGGCCCACUGAAGUCUGGAUGAUUUCUGCCACUGACUCUGACAAGAUCCAGAUUUUUAUUCUAUCAUCCAGUAUUUCAAAAAUGCACUCAUGUAACAAACAAUUGUCCUGAGAGCUGUGUACAAGGAGAGAAAUUGCAUGCACUUGUAUUCUUGGAAACCGUUUUACCUCUUGUAAAUAACAAUGACACAGCUAACUGAGAAAGAGCUAUGGUUUGUUCCUUUGAGGGGUUGGUUCUGGUUUUCCUGCUCUUCCUGGAAAGGUUGUUGCAAGAACAGGCAGCUGGGAGCACGGCUGCGGAGGAUGAUUUUCAGAUUAGCAGAUGGGAUAGGUUGCACUGAAAAGUGUGGGGAGAGUCCUGCUCCAGCCCUCUGCAUGGACGAUCCUUCUUGGAUCUGUUGCCAUGAGCUACAGAGAUAUCACUAUUGGGAUAUCAGUCAUUUCCUUUGGGAAUGGGGAGGAUAAGUCCCCAAACUUCCAGACCAAAGUUAUGUGAAGUAUUGCACCCGUAAGAUAGAGAAGAUAUAUGGAUCACAGCCCGGUAGUCCAGACAAGUCAUCUUGUGGACCUGCUGUGCGUUGCUAGUUGCCAGAGCGUGACAUCUCAGGACUUGCCUGCCUCGGCGGGUGCAGAGAGUUUGCACGUUCUCCCUGCCCGUGCUCCACGCCGGCUGGACACAAGCCAUCUCUUCUGCAGAAGCCAUGUACUCACAUCAGCGGGGCGCUGCGCCCCUGCUCCCCGCCAGCCAGAUGCAAGGCAGCCCCGGGCUAGAAGCCAUGUAACCACUUCGAGCAUGGGUAGCGCAGACACACAGCUGGCCGUGCUGUUCCUACAUGGGCCAUAAAUGGCCCAGGAUGAGAUCAAAUAAGAAAUAAUGUAAUCAGAGAUUCAUAAAUGAACUGUACAUUCAUGUAGAUUUAUUGUAAAUUCACCCCUCACCAAGCAGAAAACCAGUCUAAACUGAAAGAAAUUUGUAUGUUUUUAAAUAUCUUGCACUUUACCACUUUUUUUAACCAUUAUCUUAUGUCACAUAGUUGUCUUAAUGCAAAGAGAAGCCAUAAAAAAACCCGGAAGACUAAUUCAGGGUUUCUAAAUGGGGGAUGAUAGUUUUAAAGUAAAGAAUCCAUAUCAUGUCUUUUUUUAAGGUAUAAUGUAAAAUACCAUCAAAUACAUGUACAGUAAAACAGGAUAUAGUUUUGCCUUAGUGAAGCUGUGAGUAAGACAGAGGGAGUUUGCUCAUUCUCCCAAAAUUCCCUGUGUGACUGUAGAAUAUGGUCCACACUGACUUUGCCGCAGAGGCUCAACCCUAUGAUCCUUGUUCACUCGAGAAGAAGGAAUAUAAUGCUUGCAGUCAAGCCCAGUGAUGCAAUUAAGUCAUCCUGUUGCUCUAAUAUUUUCUCCCACUCACAUCACAGUAAAUUAAACCCCUCCUACUUUAAGUUUAUAAAAGCUGAGCUAUUUCUGUUGCAUCUUUUUUACAAAAGAGCUGAAGUUUUCAGGGUCAGACUAUCCAGUCAAAAUCAACCACUUCUGUUAAUCACCCAUCAAAAGUUAGAUCAGACCUCUCUAUUGUCAUGUGAAAAUAACAGCGGCAUAUUAUAACUGACGGAUGCUAUUUUUGUAAUAAAGCUUUUUAAACUUGUUUAACUUCAUAGUUUUCAUAGUCUCCCAGCUCUCAUUUUCAACAUAGUGUAAGAAAAAUCUGAAAUCCUCAGUCUUAUUUAUUUCAAAAAUUUUUAAAAAAUCUAUUGCCAUAGAAGCCAGUCCAAGCAAUUCUAAGAAAAUGCCAGGUUUUUUUCAUGUGCAUAUAUGUAUGGAUCAUUAUUCAGUAGAUGAAACACUUGUAUCUCUUAAUUGGUAUAUUCUCUGUGAAUAUAAGUCUGUACAUAAUAUGGAAGUUAUAUUUAUUUGUACAUAGGGUCUUGGAAAGAAGCCCUUCUAUCAGAGGUCCUACUAUAGCUACAGAAUGUUUCACUGUGGUGUAUACACUUUUUCACAUUAACAUAUAAACCUGAUAUUACUGACACAGAGCUCUUCACAUAAAUCACUUUAUGUAAUUAAGUUGUCUAAGUGUGACUAACGAUAACAACAAUAAAUAAUAAUGAAUAAAAAUAAUAAUAAUAAAAA